UCGAUAAAAAAUCUAACAUCAAAGAACUAGCAAAUGGCUCGCAUGGUUGGAUAUUUUUUAGUCACCCUAUUCUUAGUUUCAGAAUUGAGUAUGGUUCAGCCUCAGCCACUUGGCAAUGUGUGUCUUCCUGUUUACAUUGAGUUCCCCUAUUGCUUGGGUUUCCUCUGGGGACUUUACAAGGAGCCAGGUGGGUUAUGUUGUGAAACUGUUAAAAGACUGAAUUUAUUGGCAAAGCAAGGACUCGGAGCAAAAUAUGUCUGCUGGUGCAUCGAGAAUAUGACAAAGUGUAUUGCUAAAACAUCUCCAUAUCGGUUGAAUGCUACUCGUAUUAGUGAAUUGCCAAAACUCUGCAAUACGCAUCUUAGUUUUCCUAUUUCUGUGGCUAUGGAUUGCAGCAAGGAAAAAUAUAUAAACUGAAGUUUGAGCAGCUUAGUAUAUAUUAACUGAUUUAUGUUAUUUACCUCAAGGAAGGACUCCAAUGUGUAAUGUUUAACUAUAUCUAUGUAUAGUUCUCAUAUGUAUACAAAUAUGAAUAAAGAAUGAGCAAAUCAUUUCUUUUUUUUCAAAUAAAAGUGAUGAUGUUUAUUACAGAAAA